AUGGAUACCACGGCCCGUGUGCACCUGCCGGCGUCCGGACGGCAGCGUAGCUCCCGGCCCAGCCGCCGCAGCGCCACCCCGCAGCGGCUCGAGCAGCUGGAGCAGUCGGCGGUACGCGGUGCCGACGGUGGCGGUGGUCGAGAUCAUCAGGCCACCGGACCCUGCGAGGGAUCCAAAAAUAGAUCCCGAGUGGUCCGUCGACCAGAUACACCGGAGCAGAGCGGUGGCAGCACGACGACCAACGGUAGCAGCGCCAGUGCAACGACUUCGCUGGCCAACGGCCAGGAACACUGUCACUUCAGUGCCAGCGGUGACGGUGCGGGACCGGGCGGAACCAUAGUGACCACACAACCAGUUGGUCAGGGAACCGAGCCACCCGAGCUGGUGGCGGCGGCCGACCUGGCGAGCGGCGAGGCGGUUCCCGGCCCGACGGAUGAUAAGCUGCAGAAGGGCAUCCUCGGCUAUAUGGACCGCCAGCUGAAGGUCCAGUCGCUGUCGGACCCGCAAAAGAGCCCGGCCCAGCGGAGCACCCGCAGCCGGAGCAGUCUGGAGAAGAGCCCCCGGCGGAAGCGCAGCAAGUCCGAGUCGCGGCGGCGCCGCGAGCGCAAGAUACUGGCCGCCGGCGAGAUGGAGGUCCGGCAGGCGAACGAAACGCUGAUGCGCUAUCUGAAGCAGUGCUCGGACUUUAACGACGCCUCGCUGUCUGGGGACCUCGAGAUACCGGAGCACCUCGAGGACCGGCGCGUCCACCGGAAAACAAAGUCCCAGCGGGAGCGUAAACUUCACCAGCUGCAGCCGGACCGGGGAGUGCCGGGCAGUCGGUCCCAUGCCGAUGAUCUACUAAAUUACCACGGAGAGAUCUACAACCCAUUUACGCCGGUUGUUUCGCCGACUACGGAAGGGGCGCCGACGCGUAUCGAUAAAAUGUACAUACAGACUGCAAGCGGCUAUCGACCAGUUGACAAUACCUACUCCUACCAUAAGACCACGGUUCUGGCCAUUGGCGGUGAUCCGGAAAGCAAUAGCAACACAAUAAGCACAUCCGUGCAUCUGUCCUGUGCGGUGCAGCGGACGUGGCAUCUUCUGUCGACCAUCUGCCACGGGCUGCUCGGAGGCCUAGCGUUCGCCCAUCUGCUGUUGAUCAGCACGACCAGACCUUAUGACUGGGUGGACGCUUCCUUACGACACUACUCGGACUUCGCCGAGGUGUACGCCAAUACGUUCUACUGCUUGGCCAUCAUUUGCAUGGUCUCGAUCUUUGAUCGCAUGGAUAUUGCGCAAGGAGGUGAUUCCAACAUUUCGUUCCGGUCGAUCUUCAUCAUUAUGAUUUACAUGAUGACGAUAAUAAUGAGCCUGUCGGCCGGCACGAUGGAUGAACGACUGUAUUUGACCUCCACACUGAACGUGACCAUCUGGGAGGAGGAACUGGAGACGAACAAAGUACUAAGCAUUUGGAACGCCCUGUCCAUAGCGCGCAGCGUCGGUGCCAUCUUCGGCUGGCUAGUGGUCGGCUUUCUGCCUAACCAAGACAAUCUGUACGAGCAGCUGCUCGAGAUGGAAAAGUAUCAGCAGUAGAAAUCCAUCGGGUGCAUCGGGGGCUGCGUAGAGAGUGUAGAGCCUUUUCGGUUCGGUUUGUAAAUAGGGGAGCAACAGUAGUGUGAAUGCGUGGCUCUCGGGGCCGACGGAUCGACUAGUGGCCGAAGGUAUACAGCAUUAACCAUAAUCACGCUUAAACUGCGGGCAAGUAGGCAACCGGUUCCGUUUUGGUUUGGUUUGCGUUGCAGUGAAAUAUGCCUCUUCCAAGUUAAUAUCCUCAUCGUGAUGAACUUAGAAGCUCGGAGCGUCGGAUGGCGUUCGGCGCAGUAGGUUCGGUAGUGCGAAUCGAGUGUGUGUGCACCAGGCGAAAUCCUGGAAAAGUUAUGGAAUAAGUAAUGUUAACUGAAUUGAUAGUUAGCGAUGGCAGCAGGAGUACACGCUGCUUCUGGGGCCUGUGCAUUAGCGACAACUGUGACAAAAACUGGAAAGGACUGAUAAUCAUUUUGUAAUCAAAUGAUAGUAAUUACGAAAGUACACGGACACUAACACAUCAAUACUAGUGCUGAGGGAGAACACUAAGAUAAGCGACAUGAAAGGGUCAGAGAAGGUCCGAAAGGUGGCAAUUCCUUCACCGGAAAGGGAGUGAUCGAGAUCGAGGCUGUAAUAAUAUUCAAUCCUUAAGCGAGCGUUAAGUAAAAUAAUAAGCAACAGUUUGCUUUAUGAAAAGAAACAAAAUACCUA